AUGAAUUCGGCAGAGCAGACCGUUACGUGGCUGAUCGCCCUGGGCGUCUUAGAGUCGCCCAAAAAGACCAUCUCCGACCCCGAGGGCUUUCUUCAGUCCUCCCUGAAGGACGGGGUGGUGCUUUGCCGCCUGCUCGACCGCCUGCUCCCGGGCACCAUAGACAAAGUUUACCCUGAGCCGCGGACGGAAGGCGAGUGCCUGAGCAACAUCCGCGAGUUCCUGCGGGGCUGCGGUGCUUCCCUCCGCCUGGAGACUUUUGAUGCAAAUGACCUGUAUCAGGGACAGAAUUUCAGCAAAGUUCUCAGCUCUCUUGUGGCUUUAAAUAAGGUGACUGCAGACAUAGGGCUGGGCAGUGACUCUGUGUGCGCACGUCCCUCAUCUCAUCGGAUAAAAUCUUUUGAUUCUCUGGGAUCCCAGUCUUUACAUAGUAGAACUUCAAAACUCUUUCAGGGACAAUAUCGGAGUUUGGACAUGACAGAUAACAGCAACCAUCAGUUGGUGGUGAGAGCAAAAUUUAAUUUCCAACAGACAAAUGAAGAUGAACUUUCUUUUUCAAAAGGAGAUAUUAUUCAUGUUACGAGAGUGGAAGAAGGUGGCUGGUGGGAAGGAACCCUAAAUGGCAAAACAGGGUGGUUUCCAAGUAACUAUGUACGAGAAAUAAAAUCAAACGAAAAACCGGUCUCCCCCAAAUCAGGUACAUUGAAGAGUCCACCUAAAGGCUUUGAUACGUCUGCAAUUAACAAAAGCUAUUACAAUGUGGUGCUACAAAAUAUAUUAGAAACAGAAAACGAAUAUGCUAAGGAGCUACAAACAAUGCUUUCAAACUACCUGCGACCAUUACAAGCCAGUGAAAAGUUAAACUCAGCAAAUACUUCAUACUUACUGGGAAACUUGGAAGAAAUAAGUUCUUUCCAACAAAUGCUUGUACAGUCUUUAGAAGAGUGCACCAAGUUGCCUGAAGCUCAGCAGAGGGUUGGAGGAUGUUUUCUAAAUUUGAUGUCACAAAUGAAAAACUUAUACCUUGCAUACUGUGCCAACCAUCCAUCAGCAGUAAAUGUUCUCACAGAACACAGUGAGGAGCUAGGAGAAUUCAUGGAAAUGAAAGGUGCCAACAGCCCCGGGAUCCUUGUACUGACCACGGGCCUCAGCAAACCUUUUAUGCGUCUGGAUAAAUACCCCACGUUACUCAAAGAACUCGAAAGACACAUGGAGGAUUAUCAUCCAGAUCGUCCAGAUAUUCAAAAAUCUAUGACUGCCUUCAAAAAUCUCUCUGCACAAUGUCAAGAAGUACGGAAACGGAAAGAGCUUGAACUACAAAUCCUGACGGAAGCUAUCCGUUGUUGGGAGGGAGAGGAUAUUAAAACACUUGGAAAUGUGAUUUAUAUGUCCCAGGUCAUGAUUCAGUGUGCUGGAAGUGAGGAGAAGAAUGAAAGGUACCUUCUUCUUUUCCCUAACAUUUUGCUAAUGUUGUCUGCCAGCCCGAGAAUGAGUGGAUUUAUUUAUCAGGGAAAACUGCCCACGACAGGAAUGACUAUCACAAAGCUGGAAGACAGUGAAAACCAUAAAAAUGCAUUUGAAAUAUCAGGAAAUAUGAUUGAAAGGAUACUAGUGUCUUGUAACAACCAACAAGAUUUGCAUGAAUGGGUGGAUCACUUGCAGAAGCAAACCAAAGUCACAACUGUUGGGAAUCCCACCAUUAAACCACACUCUGUGCCAUCUCACACGCUUCCUUCCCAUCCAGUAACACCCUCCAGCAAGCAUUCAGACAGCAAACCGAUACCAUUGACUCCUGCAUACCACACUCUCCCUCAUCCAUCACAUCAUGGGACACCACAUACUACUAUAAACUGGGGACCUCUGGAACCUCCGAAAACACCCAAGCCUUGGAGCCUGAGCUGCUUGCGGCCUGCACCGCCAUUACGGCCUUCAGCAGCUCUUUGUUAUAAAGAGGAUCUUAGUAAAAGCCCUAAAACGAUGAAAAAGCUGCUUCCCAAACGCAAGCCAGAACGGAAGCCAUCAGAUGAAGAGUUUGCACUGAGAAAAAGUACAGCUGCUUUAGAAGAAGAUGCUCAAAUUCUUAAAGUCAUUGAAGCGUAUUGCACAAGUGCCAAAACACGUCAAACACUAAAUUCAACAUGGCAAGGCACUGACCUGAUGCAUAAUCACGUCUUGGCUGAUGAUGACCAAUCAAGUCUAGACUCCUUGGGUCGUCGCAGUAGUCUUUCUCGUUUGGAGCCUUCAGACCUCUCAGAAGACUCUGACUAUGACAGUAUAUGGACAGCCCAUAGUUACAGAAUGGGGUCUACAUCUCGUUCUCGUAAAGAAUCAGCUCCUCAAGUCCUGCUUCCAGAAGAAGAAAAAAUAAUUGUAGAAGAAACUAAAAGCAAUGGUCAGACUGUUAUAGAAGAGAAAAGUCUUGUUGACACAGUAUAUGCGUUAAAGGAUGAAGUACAGGAGUUAAGACAGGAUAACAAAAAGAUGAAGAAAUCAUUAGAAGAGGAACAAAGAGCUCGCAAGGACUUGGAGAAGCUUGUUAGAAAAGUUCUGAAGAACAUGAAUGAUCCAUCGUGGGAUGAAACCAACUUAUAA